AUGUCAUUCAGGGGCAGCAACUUGCAGGGGAAGGGGCAUAUUUUUACAGGGGUAGGGGCAAAACCCUGCAUGAGGAGGAGGGGUAAACCCUGCAUAGAUCCAGGGGCAAACGCCAAGACCCUGCAAAUUUCAGGGGUAAACCCUGCAUUUGUACAGGGGUAAUCACUCUUUUGCCUGUAUCUCUGUCAAUACCCCCAGGGGUGAGCCUCAAACUUUGACAGGAGUAUCAGGGCAUCCUUCUGCAUCCAUUGGGCCAAUCUUAUUUUCUGCCCCUCCCGGGAACCCGUAUGUAACCCUAACCCUAACCCUAACCCUAACCCUAACCUCAACCAGCUCAUCUUCCAUGAACUUCAUGUGUAACAUCAGUCCAAUAGCUCAUGUUCCCUGAACUUCAUCUGUGA